AUGAUUCAGGCAAUGGCAACCUCUAUUAAAUAACAAUCUCCCCAUUAUCUUUUAGUUUUAAAAAUAUUAACCCAUGUGAAUUCCAUCCUACAAGGAGAGAUUUUCUGUCACAGUAGCAUAAACACGAGAUAUAUUCAACAAUUUGGGUUUUUACCUCAAGUAAACCAUUCUAAUUUUUUAGACAAUAGGAUCGAAUGGCUUCCGUUACAGAAAGCCCAAAAAAAUAUUUAGGAAUUAAUUCAGACAUUAUAAGCGUAGUUUCAUUAAUUAAGUAAUACAUUAUAAUAGAUCUAAUCUAAUAUAUUUAUUGUAAAAACCAUGA